AUGAAGAUCUCUUCCGUUGGAACCCUUGCUGCCUUGCUGGCCGUCCAGGAGGUUUCAGCCAGCUGGCUCACUGAAGACUGCUUCCCCAAGCCCAGCAGCUGUGACAACAAGUGUACCGACAAGCAGAGCAGUGGCUGGCACUGGUCUGGCCUCGCCCCCGGACUUCCCUUUUCCUCUUUUGAUGGCUACGACUUUUCCGGCUUCACCUGCUCUGAUAAGUCUAGCAGCUUGACCAGACGCUCUUCGGAUAAAUGCAUCUCCGGAAGCAUCUCCAAGUCUGGCCAUGGCUCCGCUCCCCAAAUCAGCUGCGGUGCUGACAAGGAAUCCUUCUCCAUCACUUCGUUCAGCGUCUAUGUCGACGAGGAGACCGACGUGAUGUUCAACUACGGCAUGCCCGACGGCUCUCAGUGCCAACACACUUCAUCCUGCAGUCCCGAGGGAACCGAUGUUUCCAACGACCAGUGCGGCGGCGCUAUCUCGGUCAGCUGGACUAUCCCAGACCACAGCGGAGUCGAGUCGUGUGGAUUCGGAAUCUACUCGGUUGGCUUUGACUGCACCCCCGGCGAGGGCAACCACAAACAUACUACUCUCCCGGGUUACUCUUAUACAAUCCCCCCGGUUUCUGUCACUGUGCCUGCCGUCUCUGUACCUUCUGCGUCCCUUUCUGUCUCCAUCCCAGAUGUCUCGGUGACUAUCCCUGUAGUCUCUAUCCCAGAUGUCUCAGUGACUAUCCCUGCGGUUUCUAUUCCUUACAUCACCCCCUCUGUUCCCCCUUUCUCUGUUCCUGUGCCUUCUGGCUCGUUUUCUGUUUCUAUCCCAGUCGUUACCAGCCCUGCUCCAGCCGUGAGCUCGACUGCAGUUGUUCCUCCACCUCCUUCAGUCACUUCACAGAGCUACACCACCUCGACAGUGUGGACCACCACGCUCGUCACCGUCACCAGCUGUGCCCCGACCAUCACCAACUGCCCAGCCAACUCGCAGAGUGUCAUCACCAAGACCAUUGCUCUUUCCACUACCAUCUGUCCCGUUACUGCAACCGAAACCGGUGUGGCUGUUCCCACUGGCGGCUCUUCGCCUUCUGGAACUUCUGUUGCGCCUGUGGUAACCUCUACCCCUGGAUCUACCCCUGGAUCUACUCCCGGAUCUACUCCCGGAUCUACCCCUGGUGAAACCUGCCCAAGCGUUGUACCCAAGUGUAUCAACACCUGGAUGCCCGACACCUGCACCGACAACACUGACGUUUCAUGCUACUGCCCAUCCUCCAACGUCACCUCAAGCAUCAUCUCGUGCAUCCAAUCCUGGGGCUCUGACGCCUCUGAGAUUUCUUCGGCUUUGUCUUACUUCACCGGUAUCUGCAGUGGCUACAUUCCUGGUAACCCAGGCAUUAUCACCGCUGUCCCGACGACUAUCCCGCUUACCCCUGUGGCUGGUGUCACUGGCACGCAGGUUGCUCCCUCGGUGCCUUGCACGACCAUCGUCUAUUCGUCCACUACUUACACUGUCCCACAAGUAGCCUUUACCACAUCCACAUCUAUCGGCCCUGUCGGAGGAGAAACGUCGGUUGUUGGGCUCGUUCCGGCUCCUACGGCGCCUGCAGUUUCCAUUCCUCCUCCGGCUGGAGUCCCGGCUCCGGCUGGUGUUGUGUCUACGCUGGCGACAACGGUUGUCGGUGCUGCUAGCCCCACGGGUUUGCUUCCUACCAAGGCUUCGUCUUCAUCUACCUUGCCGCCAUUCACUAACGCUGCGGCUCUGGGGGCGGCUGUAUCCAAGGAAGGCAUCAUGCUGGGUGGUAUUAUGGGACUGCUCGCGAUGUUGAUUUAA